GUCGAGCGGGGUCCAGGCAAGUCCAGAAUAGCGGGGCUGCUGGUAGCGCCUCGUGCGCCCGACGGGCGGGAGUUGUGCGCUCGGGCCUACCGCGCGCCAGACCCCGCCUCUCGGAGGCCCCGCCCAGGGCGCGCUGCCAGGGGUUUCCAUGGUGAUGGUAAACAAGCCUCAACUGCCUCCGCUACAACUGCCAAGUUCCCCGCGUUCCACCCUCUAGGUGCUCGGAGGGACGACCGUGGUGCCGGAUGUGAAGAAGAGCGGGAGCGUGGAGACUCGGAGCCCUAGGACAAUUCGUUACCUACCAGGAGUGUCUCCGACUGUGGGCAUCCCCCCCGGGUUGUUCCUUAAAAGCCACAAAAAGCUGCACCCAAGCUUGUUUGACGUCUGUCCUCUCAAGUGUCCAUGAUGCUGGGCCCCGAGGGAGGUGAAGGCUUUGUGGUCAAGCUCCGUGGCCUGCCCUGGUCCUGCUCUGUUGAGGACGUGCAGAACUUCCUUUCUGACUGCACAAUCCGUGAUGGGGCGGCAGGCGUUCAUUUCAUCUACACUAGAGAAGGCAGGCAGAGUGGUGAGGCUUUUGUUGAACUUGAAUCAGAAGAUGAUGUAAAAAUGGCCCUUAAAAAAGACAGGGAAAGCAUGGGACACCGGUACAUUGAGGUGUUCAAGUCCCACAGAACCGAGAUGGAUUGGGUGUUGAAGCACAGUGGUCCAAACAGUGCCGACACCGCCAAUGAUGGCUUCGUGCGGCUUCGAGGACUCCCAUUUGGAUGCACCAAGGAAGAAAUUGUUCAGUUCUUCUCAGGGUUGGAAAUUGUGCCAAACGGGAUCACAUUGCCUGUGGACCCCGAGGGCAAGAUUACAGGGGAAGCCUUUGUGCAGUUUGCCUCACAGGAGUUAGCUGAGAAGGCCCUAGGGAAGCACAAGGAGAGAAUAGGGCACAGGUAUAUUGAAGUGUUCAAAAGCAGUCAGGAAGAAGUUAGGUCAUACUCGGAUCCCCCUCUGAAGUUCAUGUCCGUACAGCGGCCAGGGCCCUAUGACCGCCCUGGCACAGCCAGGAGGUAUAUUGGCAUUGUCAAGCAAGCAGGCCUGGAGAGGAUGAGGUCUGGUGCUUAUAGUGCAGGCUAUGGGGGCUAUGAGGAGUACAGCGGCCUCAGCGAUGGCUACGGCUUCACCACUGAUCUGUUUGGGAGAGACCUCAGUUAUUGUCUCUCAGGCAUGUAUGACCACAGAUACGGAGACGGCGAGUUCACUGUCCAGAGUACCACUGGACACUGUGUCCACAUGAGAGGGCUGCCAUACAAAGCCACAGAGAACGACAUUUACAACUUCUUCUCUCCACUCAACCCUGUGAGAGUCCAUAUUGAGAUUGGCCCUGAUGGAAGAGUGACGGGCGAAGCCGAUGUUGAGUUUGCCACUCACGAAGAAGCUGUGGCAGCAAUGUCCAAAGACCGGGCCAACAUGCAACACAGAUACAUAGAACUUUUCCUGAAUUCCACAACUGGGGCCAGCAAUGGGGCGUAUAGCAGCCAGAUGAUGCAAGGCAUGGGGGUGUCGGCCCAGUCCACUUACAGCGGCCUCGAGAGCCAGUCUGUGAGUGGCUGUUAUGGGGCUGGCUAUGGAGGCCAGAACAGCAUGGGUGGAUAUGACUAGUUUUGUAGGAGCAUUUGAGUUAUUGCAAUCAAAUUUUCACAGGCAGCCAACAAGCAGUGAAAAGCAGUUACUACUCUAGAGGAAGUUGUGGGACCCAUUUUGCACCAUGAGUUUGUGAAAUCUGGAUUAAAAAAUUACCUCUUCAGUGUUUUCUCAUGCAAACUUUCUUCUAGCAUGUGAUAUUGAGUAAACUAAAACUAUUUUCAGCUUUUCUCAAUUAACAUUUUGGUAGUGUACUUCAGAGUGAUGUUACCUGAGUUAAAGUAGUUUUGAGUACAUUAAAUGGAUCUUUUACACCACAUCACCGUGAACACAUUGGGGAGACGUACUUUUUUGGAAAACUCAAGGUGCUAGAUCCCUAAUUCAAAGAGGAACAUUUCUCAUGUUUGUUCAUUCUAGUUUAUUUUCAUUUAAAAUCUUUUAGGUUAAGUUUAAGCUUUUAAAAAUAAGUUAGUUUUGAAAAUUGAGACACAUUACUAAUACUGUAGGAAUUGGUGAGGCCUUGACUUAAAAUAAAACUUUCUUUGUACUGUGAUUUCCUUUUGGGUGUAUUUUGCUAAGUGAAACUUGUUAAAUUUUUUUGUUAACUAAAUUUUUUUCUUAAAAUAAAGAUUUUUCCACAA